AUGGCGGCCCUGCUUGGCCUCAGGCAGAGUCUCUCGUGCAGAAACACUGCACAGUGGGUGAGGGCUGUUCUGGGUUCUCGUGUUCUCGUCCUGAAGGUGCAGAAACGCUGCACAGUGCAGAAACACUGCACAGUGGGUGAGGGCUGUUCUGGUUCUCAUGUUCCCAUCCUGAAGGUGCAGAAACACUGCACGGAGGGUGAGGGCUGUUCUGGUUCUCGUGUUCCCGUCCUGAAGGUGCAGAAACACUGCACAGUGGGCGAGGGCUGUUCUGGUUCUCAUGUUCCCGUCCUGAAGUGGGGGAAACACUCCACAUGGGUGCAGAAACACUGCACAGUGGGUGAGGGCUGUUCUGGUUCUCGUGUUCUCGUCCUGAAGGUGGAGAAACACUGCACAGUGGGCGAGGGCUGUUCUGGUUCUCAUGUUCCCGUCCUGAAGUGGGGGAAACACUCCACAUGGGUGCAGAAACACUGCACAGUGGGCGAGGGCUGUUUGGGUUCUCGUGUUCCCGUCCUGAAGGUGCAGAAACACUGCACAGUGGGCGAGGGCUGUUCUGGGUUCUCGUGUUCCCGUCCUGAAGUGGAGAAACACUGCAGAGUGGGUGAGGGCUGUUCUGGUUCUCGUGUUCCCGUGCUGAAGGAGGAGAAAAACUCCACGGAUCUGGAAUCUCUUGAUGCCUAUAUCCAGAGGACGCUGUCUGCCUUGUACCCACCAUUUGAAGCCACGGCAGCCACGGUUCUCUGGCAGCUGUUCAGCAUGGCCGAGAGGUGCCACAGUGGGGACGGGCUGCACUGCCUCACCAGCUUCCUCCUCCCAGCCAAGAGGGCCCUGCAGCACCUGCAGCAGGAAGCCUGUGCCAGGUACAGGGGUCUGGUCUUCCUGCACCCAGGCUGGCCGCUGUGCGCCGAUGAGAAGGUGGUGGUGCAGCUGGCGUCCCUGCACGGAGUCAGGCUCCAGCCCGGGGACUUCUACCUGCAGGUCACAUCGGCGGGGAGGCAGUCAGCUAGACUGGUCUUGAAAUGCCUGUCCCGGCUGGGAAGGGGCACAGAGGAAGUCACCAUCCCUGAGGCCAUGUAUGGUUGCGUCUUCACGGGGGCGUUCCUGGAGUGGGUGAACCGGGAGCGGCGCCACGUCCCCCUGCAAACCUGCUUGCUGACCUCAGGCUUGGCCAUCCACCGAGCCCCGUGGAGCGACCUCACUGACCCUGUCUUUGUCCCCAGCCCUGGAGCCAUCCUGCAGAGCUGCUCCAGCUGCACAGGUCCUGAGCGGCUGCCCAGCAGCCCCUCAGAGGCCCCAGUCCCCACCCAAGCCCUGGCAGGCCCCCAUUUCCAGGGAAGCACCUCUUGCCCCGACACCCUGACCCCACCCUGCCGCCGAGGGCGUACGGGCAGCGACCAGCUCAGGCACCUUCCUUACCCAGAAAGAGCCGAGCUGGGAAGCCCCAGGACCCUGUCUGGAAGCUCAGACAGGGACUUCGAAAAGGUCAGCCCCUCAGAGCAGAGCCCACGGAUGCCCCCUGAGAACGGGGGGUUGGGGGAGAGGCCGGACGCCGUGGAUCAGGAGGAUGGCCCCAAGGCCCUCACCGUCCACACAGACCUGGGCAUCCCGAGCAGCAGGCGGCAGCUGCCGGGGGACCCCACUUUUGUGCAGCCUAGACGCUGGUUUAGGGAGUCAUACAUGGAGGCCCUGCGGAACCCCAUGCCCUUGGGCAGCUCUGAGGAGGCCGUCGGGAACUCGACCUGCAGCUCCCUGGCUGGAGCCAGCAGGGACCUGGGGACUGGGGCAGCAGCCAGUGGGACCCAGGAGGAAACCUCCGGCCCCCGGGGAGACCCCCAACAGACCCCAAGUGUAGAGGAGAGGCACAUGCCCAGCCGGGCAGGUCAAGGAGCUGCAGGGCGGACCUUUCCGAGGAGAUCUCGGUCCCAGGAAAGGGCACCCAGAAGCUCUGGAGGGGCCCAGGCUGCAGCCUGCCACACCUCCCACCACUCAGCAGGCGCCAGGCCUGGGGGCCGCCUAGGAGGACAAGCUGUGGGGACCCCAAACUGUGUCCCGGUGGAGGGUCCCGGCUGCACCAAAGAGGAAGACGUUCUUGCGUCCUCAGCCUGAGUCAUCACAGACGGCGGCAGCCGCCAUUGCCCCCACCCCAGCGGGCCUUCCGAUGUGCCUGCCCAGCAGCCACACCCUGAGCAAGAAGGGUGGCCACCCGGCACAGGAGGCUUCCCCAGCCAGGUGCCCAAGCAGGUGCUGGACGUCAACCAGGAGCUGCUGCAGUCUGGGGUCGUCACCCUCCCAGGGACCCGAGACCGUCACGGCAGAGCAGUGGUGCAGGUCCGCACCAGGAGCCUGCCCUGGACCAGGGAACACUCGUCCUGCGCUGAGCUGACCCGCCUGCUGCUGUACUUCCAUAGCAUCCCCAGGAAGGAGGUCCGGGACCUGGGGCUGGUCGUCCUGGUGGAUGCACGCAGGAGUCCAGCCGCCCCUGCCGUCUCCCAGGCCCUCGCGGGAUUGCAGAACAACACAUCUAUAAUUCAUAGUAUCUUGCUGUUGGUAGAUAAAGAAUCUGCAUUUAGGCCUGACAAGGAUGCAGUAAUUCAGUGUGAGGUCGUGAGCUCCCUGAAGGCCCUGCACAAAUUUGUUGACAGCUGCCAGCUGACUGCAGACCUCGAUGGCUCCUUUCCCUACAGCCAUGGUGACUGGAUCUGCUUCCGUCAGAGGCUGGAACACUUCGCUGCAAACUGCGAAGAAGCCGUCAUUUUCCUACAGAAUUCAUUCUGCUCCCUGAACACCCACAGAACCCCAAGAACAGCCCAGGAAGUCACCGAGUUAAUUUACCAGCACGAGACGAUUAUGAAGCUUGUCCUGGAAGACCCACUGCUCGUGUCUCUCAGGCUGGAGGGGGGCACCGUCCUGGCGCGGCUGAGGAGAGAAGAGCUUGGCACAGAAGACAGCCGGGACACCCUGGAGGCCGCCACAAGCCUGUACGACCGAGUGGACGAGGAGGUGCACAGGCUGGUCCUCGCCUCAAACAAUCGCCUCCAGCAGCUGGAGCGCCUCCAGGAGCUGGCGUCACUCCUGGAAGGGAAUGACCAGCAAUCCUGCCAGAAAGGACUACAGCUGGCGAAGGAGAACCCGCAACAUACAGAGGAAAUGGUCCAGGAUUUCAGAAGGGGCCUGAGCGCCGUGGUCAGCCAGGCUGAGUGCAGGGAGGGAGAGCUGGCCAGGUGGACCCGCCCGUCCGAGUUGUGCGAGACGGUGAGCAGCUGGAUGGGGCCCCUGGACCCGGAGGCUUAUCCCUCCUCACCUGUGGCUGAGUGUUUGAGGAGCUGUCACCAGGAGGCUACCUCAGUGGCUGCAGAGGCCUUCCCCGGGGCAGGUGUGGCAGUGCUGAAGCCUCAUGCCCUGGGGAGACCGUGGGCAUCACAGCAAGACCUGUGGCUGCAGUGCCCCCAGACCCGGCUCCAUCUGGAAGAGGCCCUUUCUGAGGCCGCCCGAGGCCCCAGCACGGACACUGAGGGUGGCGCCUGGGAACCCACCCGACCACUGUCCGGCCUCCCUGGACGAGCGCUUCUGUGUGGACAAGAUGGGGAGACCCUGGGCCCAGGGCUGUGUGCUCCAUGGGACCCACUAUCCCCCCUCGGGGGCCUUCCAGGGGCAGGGGCCACCACGGCCCACCUGGAGGACAGCUCUGCCUGCUCCUAUGAGCCCACCCAGGCCCUGGCCAGCCGCCCCAGGAAACAUCCCCAGAAGAAAAUGAUAAAGAAAACGCAAAGUUUUGAGAUACCUCAGCCCGACAGUGGCCCCAGGGACUCCUGCCAGCCAAGCCAUACUGGUGUCUUCAGCAAGGGCCUGGAGGUAACCAGCACUGUAGCCACGGAGAAGAAGUUCCCGCUGCAGCCGCGUGCCAGGAGCCCCCCGGUCACUCGGAGCCGGAGUCUGUCCUCCCCCUCGGGGCUCCACCCUGCUGAGGAGGACGGGAGGCAGCAGGUGGACAGCAGCCGACUGAGGCACAUCAUGGCCGAGAUGAUCGCCACAGAGAGGGAGUACGUUCGGUGCUUAGGAUAUGUCAUCGACAACUAUUUUCCAGAAAUGGAAAGAAUGGACCUGCCCCAGGGCCUUCGAGGGAAGCACCACGUUAUUUUCGGCAACUUGCAGAAGCUCCACGACUUCCACCAGCAGCACUUCCUCCGGGAGCUGGAGCACUGCCGGCACUGCCCCUUGGCCGUGGGCCGCAGUUUCCUGAGACAUGAAGAGCAGUUUGGGAUGUACGUGAUCUACAGCAAAAACAAGCCACAGUCGAACGCCCUGCUCAGCAGCCACGGCAACGCCUUCUUCAAGGACAAGCAGCGGGAGCUGGGUGACAAGAUGGACCUGGCCUCCUACCUGCUGCGGCCCGUGCAGCGUGUGGCCAAGUACGCGCUGCUGCUCCGGGACCUGCUCGAGGAGGCCAGCCGUGGCCUGGCCCAGGGGCAGGAGCUGGGCGAGCUCCGAGCCGCCGAGGUCGUAGUCUGCUUCCAGCUGCGUCACGGCAAUGACCUGCUGGCCAUGGACGCCAUCCGCGGCUGCGACGUGAAUUUGAAGGAACAGGGGCAGCUGAGAUGCCGGGAUGAGUUUAUCGUUUGCUGCGGGAGGAAGAAGUAUCUGAGGCAUGUGUUCCUCUUUGAAGACCUCAUCCUGUUUAGCAAGACCCAGAAGGUGGAGGGCGGCCACGACAUCUACCUGUACAAGCAGUCUUUCAAGACGGCCGAGAUCGGGAUGACAGAGAACGUCGGGGACACUGGCUUGAGGUUUGAGAUUUGGUUUCGCAGGCGGCGGAAAUUUCAGGACACCUACAUUCUCCAAGCAAGCUCGGCAGAGGUCAAGAGCGCAUGGACCGAUGUCAUAGGGAGGAUCCUGUGGCAGCAGGCGCUAAAGAGCAGAGAACUCAGAAUCCAAGAAAUGGCAUCCAUGGGGAUAGGCAACCAGCCAUUCAUGGACGUCAAGCCCGGCGACCAGGCCCCUGACUGUGCAGUGAUAAGCGAGCUGGCUCCCAAAUGUGCAGUGAUGGGCUACCGGGCCCCCGACAGCAUCGUCAAGGGCACAGAGUCACAAAUGACAGGGUCCACAGCAGUGUCCUCCUCUGACCAUGCCGCCCCCUUCAAGCGACCACACUCCACCAUCUCAGACAGCAGCACCUCCUCUUCUAGCAGCCAGUCCUCCUGCAUCCUGGGGUCGCUGGGCCUGCUUGUGUCCUCCAGCCCAGCGCACCCGGGCCUGUGGAGCCCUGCCCUCAGCCCCUGGUCAUCUGACAUCAGAGCCUGUGUCAAGGAAGAUGAGCCAGAGCCAGAACUGGAGACGGGCACCCAGGCUGCAGUGCGUGAGGGGGCUCCUGCUGUGCUGCUGAGCCGCGCACACCAGGCCUGACGACUGUCAGGGGGGCAGUGCCCAUCGCGUAGCUGGAACGAUACAUAGGGAGCAGCACGCCAGGCCUGAUGACUCUGGGGGUGGCAGUGCCCAUCGCGUGGCUGGAACGAUCCAGAGGGAGCAGCACAGCAGGUGUCCAGGUAUUUCCCAGGAUUUUAGACACUCCCUAACAUUUUCAAACAAAUUUAAAAUUUUGUCUUAUUUAAAAAACAAACCUUCCACUUCCACCCAAGACAACAUCAUAGGAAACAAGACCUAAAACAAGACAAAAAAAGACUAAACAUGAAACAAAAGAUGUCAAGACACAAGACGUUUGGCAACAAAGGACCGCGAUCCCUGAGAGACAGGAAAACGGGAGGUGAGCCCAGUGAUGGCCUCAGACCUCCCUCUGCCUUGAGAGUUUGCAGGCCUCAGUGCAGGGAGGGGCCCAGGAAGAGCCCAGCAGCCUCCGUGAGUUGAAGAGACCAAGUCAGCAGGAGUUUGCAGGUCAGAGUGCCAGAGAGAGAUGCCUGCAUGGGGAAGGACUCACCAGAUCAGCCCCUUAGCACCCGUGGGGUGCUGCCCAUUCGCACACUCAAACAGGGAGGCUACCAAGGCUGGGAGCAACCUUUGAAAAGACCAAAGAUCAAUUCCUCGUACUCAUGUGGGCUGGGGACAGGACCCACUCCCACCAGUCAGACCAGGAAAACUCCCAAUCUGUGAGCAUUAGGUGGAGUUCUCAGAAAAUCUUGCCUCAAGAGUGGAGAUAAUUAGCCCUAGACUGAGCCCUGCUCCUGACUCACCUACAAAAUCAUAAAAGCAAGACCUAAAAUGAUCAAACUAUUCCCAGAUAAUUCACUCCAUCCCAGAACAAAGCUCCAGAUGAUCUAGGGGUUACCAAAGUGUCCGCACCCUACAAGGUACGGUGAACUCACAGUGCCUGACCUCGCAGUGCUAGGCAUGCAGAGGAGAAACCAAGGGCAAACAUGCCAAGGAGAGUCGCCUGGCAAAGCCAACCACCCAGAGUCGGCGUCGGUGCUAGAAUCACAGAACUCAAACUGUGGCUGAAACCGCAGCCCAGGCGUCCAGAAAGUUAAAGUUAAGAACCUGUAAUCCCAGCACUUUGGGAGGCCAAGGCAGGCAGAUCACGAGGUCAGGAGAUCGAGACCAUCCUGGC